AUGUUUCUGAUCUUCCACAGAAAGCUCCGGCGGUUUUGCUCCAAACUCCGUUGGCAGAUCCGCCGCCGACCAAAACCCAAAAUCCUCAUCAAAACAAUUAGGAAACCUGACCAGAACCUUUCUUUUCCAAAUGAAUCCCCCCCACUUAAGUUCCAUGUUCGUUUGGCCACCUUCAACGCAGCUCUCUUCUCCAUGGCACCUAUUUUUACUCAUAGGAUUAUACAGAAACAAAACAAUCAACCCGACUUCUCCAAUCUCAACCGAGCUAAAUCUGACAACAAUCGGCCGAAGAGCAUACUUAAACAAUCUCCCCUGCAUCCCAAUCAGCAGAAGUCAAAGCUUCGGGUUUCGAUCAAUCUUCCUGACAACGAAAUAUCCUUGAGGUUCGCUUCCGGGGAAUAUAAACAACAACAACUAUUGAGACACUCCCGUAGCUUGGCCAAUUACAGAUCAAACAGCAGUAAAAGCAUUGUUGAAGUGUUGAGAGAGUUGGAUAUUGAUGUUCUUGCUCUGCAAGAUGUUAGAGCGGAGGAAGAGAAGGGGAUGAAGCCAUUGUCAGACUUGGCAGCUGCUUUGGGAAUGAAUUUCGUGUUUGCUGAGAGCUGGGCUCCUGAAUAUGGAAAUGCAAUCUUGUCAAGAUGGAAGAUUAAGAGAUCGAAAGUUGUAAAGAUAUUUGAUGACUCUGAUUUCAGAAAUGUCCUCAAGGCUACAAUAGAUGUUCCUUGUGUGGGCGAAUUGAAUUUUCAGUGUACCCACCUUGAUCAUUUGGAUGAGAAAUGGAGGAUGAAACAAAUAAAUGCGAUUAUCCAAUCCAAUGACGGCCCCCAUAUCUUAGCCGGGGGACUAAACUCGCUUAACGAAACCGAUUACUCAUUAGAAAGAUGGUCAGACAUCUCGAAGUUCUAUGAGGAGAUUGGUAAACCAACGCCGAAAACUGAUGUGAUGAGAUUGAUGAGAGGAAAACAGUAUUCUGAUGCCAAGGACUUCUCGGGAGAAUGUGAAUCUGUUGUGAUGAUCGCGAAAGGCCAAAGUGUACAAGGAACGUGCAAGUAUGGAACCCGGGUAGACUACAUACUAGCCUCGCCCGAUUUGCCCUACAAAUUUGUCCCGGGGUCGUAUUCGGUAUUUUCGUCGAAAGGGACUUCUGAUCAUCACAUUGUGAAGGUAGACAUAGAAAGAUUAGACGGCGGCAUAAGGAAAGAUUCGUGUGAUAUCGCAAAGCGGCACGGUGGUCACGCGAAAGCCCAUUGCGUUACGCGAAGCGGCACGGUCGUCACGCGAAGCGGCAUGUUAGUCAUGCGAAGCGGCACAAUGGUCACGCGAAGGACACGGUGGUCACGCGAAGCGGCACGGUGGUCACGCGAAACGGCACGGUCGUCAUGCGAAGGUCCAUUGCGUUACGUGAAGCGACACGGUGGUCAUGCCGAAGCUACACGGUGGUCACGCGAAGCGGCACGGUGGUCACGCGAAGCGGUAAUGUGGUCAUGCGAAGCGGCGCAGUGGUCACGCGAAGGCACAUCGCGUUACGCGAAGCGGCACGGUCGUUAUGCGAAGCAGCACAGAGUUGUACUUAGAUUUGUGUAA